UCACCCUUACCUCAUCAUUUUCCAUCAUCACUCUCGAUCAUUGUCUCCUCUCAUUUGCUCCUCGAAACCCUAGAACACAAAUUUUAAUAAUUCUUUUUUAAUAAAUUACUGAAUUCAAUUCCUCUCCGAUCCCCUAGAUUUUCGACCCCUUUCCUUCUCUGGUUGUUUGCUCAAUUACGCGAAUUUCGUCCAAUCAGGGGGGGGGGGCAUGGGAAGGAUUCUCAGAGAAAUUACCAAGCCCUCUUCUUCUUCUUCUUCAUCAUCUUCAUCGGCGUCUAACUCGACGACCACUUCCACGUCGAUCACGGAGACCGUGAAUGGGUCGCACCAGUUCAAGAUCACGGGUUACUCGUUGGCGAAAGGUUUGGGGAUCGGGAAAUAUAUUGCGUCGGAUACGUUUAAUGUAGGGGGUUACUCCUGGGCGAUAUAUUUCUAUCCAGAUGGGAAGAGCGUCGAGGAUAAUGCGACUUACGUUUCUCUGUUUAUAGCGUUGGCGAGUGAAGGGACCGACGUAAGGGCGCUCUUUGAGCUGACGCUUUUGGAUCAGAGUGGGAAGGAGAGACAUAAGGUUCAUAGCCAUUUUGGGAGGACGCUUGAGAGUGGUCCUUACACGCUCAAAUAUCGUGGCAGCAUGUGGGGAUACAAAAGGUUUUUCAAAAGAACUGUUCUGGAAUCGUCAGACUACCUCAAAGAGGAUUGCCUUCAAGUUCACUGUAGUGUAGGUGUUGUCAAGUCACACACAGAGGGUCCUAAGACUUACUCUAUAGCAGUACCAUCUUCUAACAUUGGUCAGCAUUUUGGACAACUAUUGGAAAGUGGAAAGGGAACUGAUGUAAAAUUUGAAGUUGAUGGAGAAGUUUUUGCUGCUCACAAAUUGGUACUUGCUGCUCGAUCGCCUGUAUUCAGGGCUCAACUCUUUGGUCCGAUGAAAGAUCAAAAUACCCAAUUAAUAAAAGUUGAAGACAUGGAGGCUCCAGUUUUUAAGGCUUUGCUUCAUUUUAUUUAUUGGGAUUCACUACCUGACCUGGAAGAGCUUACUGGUUUGAACACAAAGUGGGCCUCAACUUUGAUGUCUCAGCAUCUGCUAGCAGCUGCUGAUCGGUAUGGUUUGGACAGGCUUAGAUUGCUUUGUGAGGCCAAUCUCUGUGAGGAUGUGGCUAUAAACACGGUGGCAACUACACUGGCCUUGGCAGAGCAGCACCAUUGUUUCCAGUUGAAGGCUGUGUGUCUCAAAUUCGUAGCAAUGCCAGAAAAUCUGAGAGCUGUGAUGCAAACGGAUGGCUUUGAAUAUUUGAAGGAAAGCUGCCCUUCCAUCCUUACAGAACUCUUGGAAUACGUGGCUAGAGUAAGUGAACAUUCAGUAAUACUAUGUAGGCAUGGCAAUGAAGCUAUCCUUGAUGGUAGUGACCUGAAUGGGAGGCGGGUGAAGCAAAGGCUAUAGUGGAAAACUACUAACUUCUUUUCGGUGCAUCAUCUUUGUAGCAAAAACGAAAUUGGAGAAACAAGCUUAGGAGUAGAAAUGAUUUCCCACUUUGUAUGAAUUGUAAAACCACUAGAUCAUAGGGUGUCUAUGAUGGGCUUUGCUAUGUGAAGGUAUCCUGUUGUAGUCUCACCUCUUCUUUUAUUGCCCUUUAAUUUUUGUGACUCGUCACUUUUUGCUUCUUUGUUAGAUGACCGAUUUGUGCCUUGUCGUUUCUCUGCAUUUGUAUUCUAUAUAUAUUGAAUCGAUAGCCGAAGUUAUUGAAACAUUGCAUGUUCUAUGACUUUAAAGGUUCAA